CAGUGCACCACGGUGAAGUGAAAGCAAGACAUCCGGAUUACGUGUUUUGCGAAAGUGUGGCGUAGAAAAAAGCGUCAAACUCCAGAUUUUGUAGAAUUUCAGCAUUUUCCCGGUGUUCUUGACGGUACGGUUGCAACAUGAGGUGGCAUCAAGGUCCCAUCCCUGCAGCUAUCGGAGAGGCAAAGCAGAACAACGCCGUUUUUGUCAUCUACGUCGAAGGUGAGGAUGACCUGUCCAAAUCGAUGACAGCGACCUGGGAAGAUGGGACAGUAAAGAAGGCGUGUCAGGAGGCGGGGUUUGUCGGCAUGAAACUCACAGCAAACAGUGAGGCAUGUGUGCAGUUUUCACAGAUUUACCCUGUAGUUUGUAUCCCUUCCACAUUUUUCAUUGGAGACAAUGGAGUUCCACUGGAGGUGGUGGGAGGCAGUCUGCCUGUCAAUCAGUUCUUGGAGAGGAUUCAAAAAGUCAUCCAGCUCCACCAGAACAAAGACCAGGUGGUCCCCCCUGCACCAGCACCAGUGGUCGAGACCCCUCCACCCCCUCAGCUACAGGAACCUACACCCCCCACCCCCUCCCAGCCUGAGGUAGCUCCUCCCAUGGGGAGUGGGGACUCUGAGACAGUCAAGGACAAAACAGAAGAACCUGCUCAGACAGAGAAAACAGAGGAAAAGGCUAAAGAAAAUACUGAUAGCGCAGGCACUGUUGUUGAGGACGGCCCUGCAGAACCAUCGACCUCUGAGGCCGCAGCUGUCUCAACAGAAGAAGAAAAACAGAAGAAGUUAGAGAGUUUGGACAACACCUCAAAUACUGACACAACUGAGAGGAUGGAAAGGGCAAAGAGACUGAUCGAGGAAAGAAGAGAAGCAAAGAGACAAGAAGAAAUUGAGGAAGAGAAGAGGAAGGAACAAGAGAGGCGUCGGCAGGGUCAGGAGAUGGUGAAGGCCAGACAGACCACGCAGGAGAGACAGGCCAAGGCUCGGGCUGAGGAGAUCAGGAAAGCAAAGGAAGAGGAGAGAUUGGCCAGAGAGAGGGUAAGGGAACAGAUCGCGAGGGAUCGCGAGGAGCGUGCAGCAAGGUACAAGCAAGAAAAGGAAGAGAGAGAGCAGGCACAGCUGGUUAGGGAACAGGAGAGGGCUGCAGAGGAGGCCAGUAGACAAGCUGCUAGAAGUGAGUUUGCGAGGCUCCAGUUCCGUCUGCCUGAUGGUUCGUCUGUCACCAACACCUUUGCUUCCAGCGACAGUCUGGAGACUGCACGACAGUUUGUAGCUGAGCACCUUCAGUUGCAGAGUUUCGCCAUGGCGACCACGUUUCCACGGCGACAGUUCACAGAUGCCGACAUGGCGUCCAGCUUGAUGGAUCUGGGCCUGGCUCCCAGCGCUGCUCUAGUCGUGUUGCCUUCCAAGCCUCUAAAGGAAAAUGUUGCACUGUCCCCAAAUGGUCCUUCUGAAGCUGUUACCUUCCAGGCCAGAUCAGGUGCAUCCAUAGUGUCAUCAGGUGGAUCAGGAGGAAUCAUGGACAUGGUGUGGCUGGUUCUGAGUCCCCUGGCUGCCCUGUGGAGGUUUCUGCAUACCUUCCUGUUUGGUACGCCCCAGAACCCCAGCCGACCGGCAAACACACCACAGCCCCCACCCAGGCAAGAACAGGCCACGUUUUCAAACUCACCAACAGGUGGUGAGGUGAAGAGACGUAGAGUACAGCCGGAGGAAGAUGUUCCUCGGGGAGUGUCCAAGCGAGAGGGGAACGUCAUCCGGUUCUCACCGCAACAGGACCCCGACGACGACCAGAACACGUACAACGGCAACUCCACCCAGCAGAUGUGAUCCUAACAGCUGUCAAUCAACACACACAGUUGUCAAUCAAUGUUUGGCUCUACCCAUGUGUCAAUCAAGUUCAGGCUCAACCAAUCAUAUUUCAAGUGAAAGCAUUUGUGGAUGCCAAUAUAAAAAAAAAUGUUUAUCUACUUUUUGCAUGGUAAGGAAUUGAAAAAGGGAUUUGGAAGGAUGAUUCAAUCAAUAGUAAGAAAAAAAGGAUUUCACCCAAGGCUAUGAUAAGAAUGGGGAAAGUUUAUAUAAGCUUUAUCUACAUGAAGGUGUAUAGCUAACUUAACAUUGUUUAAAGUGUUCAGGUCACGUAGAUGUACCAAAGGUGUGAACAUUGUAAGUAUUCUAUGGAAAGUUUAAGCUGAAUAUACAACAUGCAAUGACCAAUGUCAGUGACACUGUCUGUACCAGUUGAAAUUCUACUUGCAUCUCUAUUUGUUACCAUGUUGUUGUAGAUUGACUCAAGUUUGAGCUGACUAAAUUUUGUAGUUGGAGGGGAAAGAAGGCAUUCAAAGUGUUUUAUUCUCGCAGUCAAUGCAAUAGUAAUUCAUUGGUUGGGCUGUUCAGCACACAAAGCCAGGGCUGGCCAACUAGCCUGUGGCUAUUACAAAGGGCUAGCCCUUCUGACAAUACAAAUGGAAUUUGACAUGAACAGAAUAACAUCAAAAAACAAUAUCCUAUGUGAAUAAAAUUAAUGUACAUAAAUGGUGUAGACUAGGCAUGGGCAUGAUGUACCCGUACAAAACCAUUUUUCUUGUUAAACUGGUAUAGAAAAAACGGACCUGAAAAAUCAGUUGACCGGUUUGAAAAUUGAUAUACAAUGUACUAUACUGGCAGACAUUCACAUGUUUUAGGGCUUACAGGUCCAAGAAAAAAACGAGGGAAAUAGAGGAGAGUUGUUAGUUAUUUUUAUCAAGUUUCUACAGUAAAACUUGGUCUUAGACAGAGACAGUUAGUGUUGUUUACAUGAAGAUAGGGUUUUAAAGCACCAAUGGAUGUUGAAUACUUACCAAACAGAAUUAUUUGUAGCGAAAUGGACCAUUGUUUUGAGUAUCACCCAUUCACAAGUUUUCACAGAUAAUUAGGUCCAGGUUCAGGUCUGGACUUGGAUCUGAUCCUCUGGACCUGGACCGUACCUGGACCUGAGUUUUCUGUACCCGGACCCACUCCUAGUCUAUACUAUCCAAAGGUACACAUGCUAGUCGAUGCUACAGGUCUUUUACUGAAUUUCCUGAAUGUUAAAACUUUGAAUAAUUUACGCACAUUACAAUACUCCCAAAAAUGACAGGUUGGCAAGAGACUUUUCUUUACUUUACUUUACAGAACCUUUACUAAAUGAUGUUUCAAAUAUAUUACGUUAAGUUGUACAAUAUUUAUAUCAAAAUGUUGUUAGAUUGGAUUACAAAAUGCACAAUUCAGAAUUUAAGAUCUUGUGCUUUUACAGUUUAAUGUACAUUAAGUUAUAGACCAAUGCAAUCUAAUGUUAAUUGAAAUAAAGGAAAAGUUAAAUACGUAUAACUGGCAGAAUAAACUUUCAUCUUAAUAGUAAUGUUAAUUGUUACCUUUCUAAAGCUUUCAGUACAAAUGUGUAGUGUUAUUAUGAUUUUUUAGUGUCAACAUAUCACAAAGCAUAUUCAGUUCAGUAUUAUUGAAAUUUCCCUACUGAAUGUAGCAUAUUUCGGUGUUAAGAAAAGAGGUAUGAGUACAAUUAAGCCUCUUGGAACAUAAAAUAAAAGAUACGAGACUGAA